AUGAAGAUCUCCAGCUUUGCCGGUCUCCUUUUGACCGCAGUCACUGCCUCAGCAGCAAACUCAAACUGCGCACCCACAUCAUCCGAUGCAAAGGUCCUCGAGUUUGCCUGGGGUCUAUCCGACUUCAUUGGCGGCUACUACAACUCCACCGUGAACUCGACCUUCUCCUCCACCAGCAACGCCACCAUUGCCGCCUACAAGAAGGUCCUCUGGGGCGUGGAGAAAGAGAACACCCUCGGCAGCGAAGCCAUCGAGCAACUCAGCAAGAAAGCCUCCGGCUUCGAAGAGCCCGAGUGCGAUUUCAAAUUCCCCAAGGUUAACACCACCCAAGCCUGGGCUUGGUAUGCCUACCACUUCGAGGCUACCGUUACUGGCGCUUUCAUCGGCCUCGCUGGGUACACCCAGUCACCCGAGGUGUCUUUCCUGCUGGCCCGUCUGGCUGCUUCGCACAGCGCCCAUGCCACCUUGAUUGGAAACAAGGUUAACUCGACCCUGUUUGCGCAGAAUGCUACCUCGCUCGUUGGUGCCUAUUCUCCGGCUCAGAUUCUCUCCACCCGCAACCAGACUGGUAGCCUUGGUCUGUACCUUGGUGACUGUCUUACUGCCCCUAGCAGCCCUUGUGGCUCUUUGAGGAUCGGACCUUUGGAUGCUACUCCUACCUCUUCUAUCGUUGCGGGUACAUCUUCGGCCUCCAGUGCUAGCAGCUCUGUUGCUGCCCGGAAGUACUACUAA